AUGAAGAGGAAAUGGGCCUUUUACAAUAUGCAGUUGCUGCUUCUGGUUUUCUUGGUGUGGGACCCAGCCAGGUUGGUGCUGGCUGACCACGAAGAUGAAGCUAAAAAUAACAUUACCAUCUUUACGAGAAUUCUUGACAGACUUCUGGAUGGCUACGAUAAUCGGCUUAGACCAGGACUAGGAGACAGUAUUACGGAAGUCUUCACAAAUAUCUAUGUGACCAGUUUUGGCCCUGUUUCAGAUACAGAUAUGGAAUAUACAAUAGAUGUUUUCUUUCGACAAAAAUGGAAAGAUGAACGGUUGAAAUUUAAGGGUCCUAUGAACAUCCUUCGACUUAACAACUUAAUGGCUAGCAAAAUAUGGACCCCAGACACCUUCUUUCACAAUGGAAAAAAAUCAGUAGCGCAUAAUAUGACAAUGCCAAAUAAGCUGCUUAGAAUCCAGGAUGAUGGGACUCUGUUGUAUACAAUGAGGCUUACGGUACAAGCUGAAUGUCCAAUGCACUUGGAGGAUUUCCCAAUGGAUGCCCAUUCCUGCCCUCUGAAAUUCGGCAGCUAUGCGUAUACAACCUCAGAGGUCACCUAUAUUUGGACUUACAAUGCGUCUGAUUCGGUACAGGUGGCUCCUGAUGGCUCCAGGUUAAAUCAGUAUGAUCUGCUGGGCCAGUCGAUUGGGAAGGAGACUAUUAAAUCCAGUACAGGUGAAUAUACUGUAAUGACAGCUCAUUUCCACUUGAAAAGAAAGAUUGGGUAUUUUGUGAUCCAGACAUAUCUGCCUUGCAUCAUGACUGUCAUUCUCUCCCAAGUGUCAUUCUGGCUUAACCGAGAAUCAGUGCCUGCAAGAACGGUGUUUGGAGUGACAACUGUGCUGACAAUGACAACCCUAAGCAUCAGUGCUCGGAAUUCUCUCCCCAAAGUGGCUUAUGCGACAGCCAUGGACUGGUUCAUCGCUGUCUGCUAUGCAUUUGUGUUCUCUGCACUAAUUGAAUUUGCAACUGUUAAUUACUUCACCAAAAGAGGAUGGGCUUGGGAUGGGAAGAGUGUAGUAAAUGACAAGAAAAAAGAGAAAGCUUCUGUUAUGAUACAGAACAAUGCUUAUGCGGUGGCUGUGGCCAACUACGCCCCGAAUCUCUCAAAAGAUCCAGUUCUUUCCACCAUCUCAAAGAGUGCCACCACGCCAGAACCCAACAAGAAGCCAGAGAACAAGCCAGCCGAAGCCAAGAAAACCUUCAACAGUGUUAGUAAAAUUGACAGAAUGUCUAGAAUAGUUUUCCCAGUCUUGUUUGGCACAUUUAACUUAGUUUACUGGGCCACAUAUUUAAACAGGGAGCCUGUAUUAGGGUUCAGUCCUUGAACCAAUACCCAGGGUUAUCUUUGAGAUAUAUAGCAACUUUAAUCUCAGUUUGUUUUGCCAUGUACAGUCUGACUAAUAACUGCUAAUUUGUGAACCAACAUGUACAGUGUAUAUAUAACGAUGUAGCUUACCAGUAGAUCUCUUAACGGAGUCACACAUUUGCUAACUUAUGAAACUGCAGACAGAGAGAACCUCAUGCCAAAAGAGCCAUUGCCUAUUUUUCAAAGAUUUGCUUUAGGAACUGAUAGAAAGUGGGUUUCAGACAUCUUGGUUUAUUUCCUAACCCUUAGAACAGAUAAAAAUUGGGGAUCUACACCACACUUUUAUGGAUCCCUUUUAUUUAGGUAUCAAAUGUGAAUAUUUUCUACUGUUGCCUAAUUAUGAUGUGUGGGAAGGCUUUUCUCAGUUUCAGAACCUGGUGGCUGCCACAUCAGUCCUCUUCCAGAGUGCUCAAAAUCCCUGCUCAUGUAACUGGAAGCUUGGCACACAUAAGAUGAAAAACUAGAGAGUAUUCAAAAUCAGCUCUUAAUUACUCCAUGUAGUAUCUAUAGCCAUGUACAUAAUACAGCAUGACAAACUCAGAUAAUUACAGGAGUCACCCCUGACAGAAUGUUAAUUAUACCUAGAAUUUAAUAACAACUGAAAUGUCAUGCUCAUUACAUUUUUAACUUCCCAAGCUUAGUCAAAAGUAAAAAUUGAAACCUGAUGAAUUACUUUCAUCAUUGGAAACUCCUUUAA